UUGGGGAAUUUUGAAGGACAGAGACUUAUGAUCAACCAAGAUGCUUUGUCACAGCUAAGGUUGCUCAACAAGUCUCUGCCUCAGUCUAAAUGUGUGGAAAAAUGUCAUCCAGGAUUUGUGAAGAAGCCUCGGGAAGGAGAGCCAUUUUGCUGCUACGACUGCCUUCCUUGUCCAGAGGGGACCAUCUCAACUCAGGAAGAUACUGAAAAAUGCACCAAAUGCCCAGAUGAUCAAUAUCCAAACAAGAAGAGACUCCAAUGUAUGCCCAAAAGAAUAACCUUCCUGUCCUAUAAUGAACUUCUCAGCAUCAUCCUCAUUUCCUUUGCUCUCCUCCUGUUCCUAACUACAGGAUUCAUUUUAAUCAUAUUCCUUCAAUACCUAGAAACUCCAUUGUCAAAGCCAACAACCGGGACCUCUCCUUCAUCCUCCUGGUCUCCCUCCUCCUUUGUUUUUUGUCCUCCUUUCUCUUCAUUGGCAGACCAAGGAAAGCCACCUGCCUUCUCCGACAAACAAUGUUCAGCAUCAUCUUCUCAGUAGCCGUGUCUUCUGUGUUGGCCAAAACUCUCAUUGUGGUGCUGGCCUUCCUGGCCACAAAACCAGGGAACAGGAUGGGAAGAUGGUUGGGGAAGAGCUUGACUUACACCAUUAUCUUUUCUUGUUCUGGUAUCCAAAUUUUCAUCUGUGCCAUGUGGCUGGGAACAUCUCCCCCAUUCCCUGACUCUGAUCUGUACUCAGAGCCUGGAGUGAUCAUCCUUCAAUGCAACGAAGGCUCUGUCGCCAUGUUUUAUGUUGUUCUUAUCUACAUGGGUUUCCUAGCUGCCAUUUGUUUCACAGUGGCUUUCUUGGCCAGGAACCUGCCUGGGGCCUUCAAUGAAGCCAAGCUGAUCACCUUCAGUAUGCUGGUUUUCUGCAGUGUCUGGGUCUCCUUCCUGCCCACGUACCUGAGCACCAAAGGAAAGUCUAUGGUGGCUGUGCAGAUCUUCUCCAUCUUAGCCUCUGGUGCUGGACUGUUGGGUUGCAUCUUCUUCCCCAAGUGCUACGUUAUCCUCAUGAGGCCAGAUCUAAAUACUAAGGAACAACUAAUGAUAAAAGUAGGGACCUGAUGAUGAAAUUGUUUCUUAGGGUUAUAACAUUUAAUUAUUGAUUUCAAUUGUUAUUGCUUUAAAUGCUUUAUCUGCUUCUGUUAGACAAUUGAUGUUAUUUAGAAUGGAAGAGAAAUAAAAAUAGUUACAUUAAUCAAAUUAAAAUCUAAGAUAAUCAUCAAACAAUAAAAUAAAUUAAUAUUUGUGGGUUU